UGGAGCAGGCGGCGGAGGUGGUGACAGCGGCAGAGGCGGCGGUGAUGGCGGCGGCGGCGGCGGCGGCGGUGGAGACGGAGGCGAAGGCGGCGGCGGCGGCGACCCUCAGCUCGCGCGGUGGCCGUUUCCAAACUCGGGCGUCUUCCUGGCUUCGCUGACGGCAGCGCGUGCGAUGCUGGAGCAGGCGCGGGCGCGGAAGCUUCUCCUCGACGGCCACUUCGAGGACCAAGGCAUGCUCGGUCUCGCGUACCUCUCGCGCGCCGCGCCGGGAGGCCUCGCAGACGACGGUGUGUCGGCGAUUGUCGACUCGAGCGCGCGCCUCUUCUCGUCGCAGUACGCCUACCGAGCCGACUGGUGGGCACGGCCGGCCUGUUUUGCGGACUAUUUCGACGCGGCGGGAGAGCCUCCCGCGCAGCUCGCCACGCGCGCCGCCCCCUUCGCGAUGCACUUCCAGGGCUCCUCUGGCCGCCACCGGCUGGGCUGGUGCGUCGCGACAAUGCUCGCAAAGUGUGCCGAGGGCGGGGCCGAGCUAGGCCACUAUGUCGACGUCGACGCGAGCCGCGAGGUGCCCAUUGGGAAGCUCUGCGGCGGCGUGCUGGUCCCGCGUCCGAGGGGGGACACGGGCGUGCCACCGGGCGUCGCGGCGGCGCGGCCGGUUCCGUGCGGCGACAUUGGCGGCGGCGGCGGAGCGUGGACCCAGAUCAACUGCUCGCACGAUACGUGCAGCACGGUCGCUGGGCAGUCGGCGUACUAAAUCGACCACGGUGUUUGAAAACAACCACAAUGGUAUCCU